AUGGUGUUCGACUUCAACGUAGCUAAACCGGUCCACGAAGUAUGGUGUCGUAUAAUUCUACAGCGAUACCUUGGAAAAUAUUUGGACCGUAAACUGGAAUUGGAGCAGCUCACUGUCAAUCUUGUAAAAGGAAAAAUCGAAAUUAACAAUCUCUCUCUUCAUGUCACGACAGUAAAUGAACUACUCGAGUCAGUAAAUUGUCCAUUGAGACUACUCGAUGGAUAUAUCGGCACAAUUGUCAUAGAUGUGCCAUGGACAAAUUUAAUGGGUGCCGGCUCAAGCAUGAAUAUUGUUGAUCUUCAAUUGACGUUCAAAGCAGUUGAUCUCAUCAAAGUCGACGAAAGGGAUUUGGUGGCGUCGAUGGUAGAAAGCGUGAUGAACUCGAUUGUUUCAUCUGGCGAUGUUGCUCGAAAUAUUUUUGAGGAGGCAAAACACGAUCCUGCAGCUGAUCAACUUGAUGGUGAAGAGAGUUUGGACUCAUUCACAAAAAUUAUUGACGCAAUCUAUGCAAGAUUUCGCGUUGAGAUCGAUAAAGUCACAAUUCGAAUCGAGAAUCCGCCAGUGAAUGGAUCGAACUUGUACACAGCGAUCGAGCUCAGAGGCAAAAAAGUUGAGUUUAUGGAUGAACAAAUGCGUGCGUGUCAGCAAGAUGAUAAAAGUGCCGACGCCAUCACAAGUCAACCACACGGCAUUGGAAGUAUUGCGAAUCUUAACAAAACAUUGUCGAUCAAAGGAGUUUCUCUAUAUACUGAUGUAUUUUCUUCAAUUCCCGAUGUCGAAUAUGGCGCGGAAGCGAAUUGCGAGCAAAAGUUGAUAACUAGUAUGCACAUAAGACGAGAAAAGGAGAAGCUCUCGCCAUCGAGAUCACCGCAGCUCUCAGUUCAUCCCGAAAUGUACACAUCUGCCAUGAGUAACAUGACAGCAUUUCACUCGUGCUAUAACACAUUAGCAAAUGAUUACCCCGAAUCGUUUUCACCGACGAAUCUCGAACCACUAAAACAACAACCGUCUGAGCCCGAGCUUUACUCAAAUCCUGUCAAAUUCGCCGAGAUUGUGGGAGAAGCAUUGAUUGUCUUCCGUUUCAAAAACACCGGAAAUGGAGUUGACGAUGAAAACAAAGUUGAGGCGGAGGUGACUUUAAAAGGAGCGAAUGUUUUCAUCACACCGUCACAGCUUGUCAUAUUGAAUCGGUUUAUCUCAUCUGUUGCCAUUCCAAAGAGUACCGAGAACAAAGAGCUCGGCAAGCCGAUGAAGCCAGAGGAUUACGAAAACAUUGUGAAGACUAUUGAGACUGAGAAUGUUACCAUAUCUCGUCCACCUCAUAGCGGAUUGGGAGGCGGUGGAAAUUGGCAGCAAGCUGAUGAUUUCCGCGAAUUUGAGUCAAUCAAUCUUGAUGAGAAAAAAUCUCGACGAUCGGUGGAUUCGGAGUUUGGCACGAUAAAAGUCAACGGAAAAGAAGAAAUAAAUAUAAAAGCUAGCAUUGGAACGCUAAUCAUUGUCAUUACUCAUGAGGACAUCCUCUCAGUUGAUAGUGUUCAAGAGCGCGGCUCUUUUGAGCAAGCCAUUGAUAAUCUCCACUCCGCUUCAACAUAUUUCUUCGCUCACGCGGAAACCCUCAGACCGUCGCCCCAAAUGAAUCUUGCCGAUUUCCGUCAAGCGGCUGAUGUGCUCUAUCCAAACGACCAUAUUCGAAUCGUCGCUUCAUCGCUGGUAUCCACGUACUCCAUGACAAAAACUUCAAAUAAAGAGCAUAUGGUAGCCAAAUUCAUUAUUACGAACUUCGAUAUCCUCGAGUAUUUGACACGCGAAAGCGUUCCGGGAGCCUCUAAGGCUUUAAGAGUUCCUCUUCUCGAUUUCUCAGAAGACAAACAUUCGGAUAUGGGAUGUAAUAUGAAGCUUUUCAUUACUGCUUCCUCUGAUGACAAGCAGAAGUUAUCUGUGGACAUGUACAUUGGUCAAUGCACUACUGAGCUCGAUUUGUCAAUGGUUGAUCGCAUUGCGAGUUUGAUUGUGACGAAGCCUUAUUUUGACAAGAAGGAUGAGUCAAAGAGAGUGGAUGAUCCACCUCCACAGCUAAAUGAAAAUUUAUUCGCUGCCACGGUUGCAAUUGAAGAGCCAAAGUCGCACACCAAGUUCACGAUGAACUGCACUAAAUGGACUGUUGAUCUUCGCAUUCCAAUGGCGGAUCUCAGAGAUCCAUCGGGUUCUCGAAUUCCAUUCGCUCAGCGAAAUGUUCAUCCGGAGUUUGUUCGAAUCAAUUUGGUCGAUGCCACAUUGACAAUUCCAACGACAAGUCAUUCAUAUCUAUCGAAGGUCAAUCUCAAAUGCGAACAGAUAACAGGUGAUUUUUGCGGUGAGGGAUUGGACAUCGCCGAGAAACAGCGGCGAUUCAUAUAUGGCACCAAAUUAGGAGCCGAUGACGUCAAAAUCCAGAUGACAUUCGAUUUGAGAACAAAACGGGUUGUUCUUGCAAAACCAGAGAAACCAAGUCUUCCGCCCGAUGAUUUGAACAAGUCAUUCUCGUCUCCGUUGAUGAUGUCCCAUCCAAAAGAAGAGGGUCCAUUUUCGCAAAUUCCGCGAUCGUAUUGUACAGUAGAACCCGGAGAGGAUGAAAAUAUCAUUCAAGCUGGAACUCGCGAGGAAAUUAAGGCUUUUGAGAAAAAGUGUGGCGAAUUUUCUGCCACUUACAUUCACUUCAAAGUGCCUACACUUCGUGUUCACAUACCCACCCAAGGACCAUUGGAAGUUCUGUAUAAUCGGUUGGUGAACGAUCUUGCGCUAUGGCAGCCAGCCGCGCCAGGCCUUCGGCCAGAGAAUGAUUCGUUGAAAGUCAACGCAUUUGACACAUUCCACGAAUGUGCCGCUGAAAAUGAAGAUUCGGAUAUUGACUCGGAUGACGAGACUGAUCUGACACGCACGACAAUUGAGGCAAAGGAUGAAUAUGACCGCAGCAUUCCUCAUUUCUUCUCCGCGUCGAUGGAUGUCUGUAGGGCGGUGUUAGUGUGCAACACUGUCGCAAAAAAGACAAAAGCUGAGUCAACGCCCGGACAAGUUGCUAUCGAGAUGGAAUCAUUGAAAGUUGGCACGACAUGCGGAUAUCAUGGCGACAUGAACCACACGUUCUUCUAUUUGACCGCUACCAAAACAACUGCCGGCGUUUCAUCUGAUGAGCAUCAUGUUGAAUCUGAUAUUACUUCUUAUAUGUUUGGAAGAUACAAAAAAGAGUUCACGCAAAUGGAGCCGCUUCCAUACGAGGAUGAGCACUUUAGCGGCGCGAAAGACGACUCACUCGCGAUUGCGCUUCACAUGCACGCUAGGCCGGAAAUCAAUGUGAAAGAUGUACUUCUGGCGAUCAAUCUACGUGCAUCCAUCAUUCAUGUCAAACCCGUACCAGAUCAUGGGCUCCUUUGGGUGUCGCAACUCGCCGAACUCUUCACUCUUCGCGAUUAUUCUAUUCCUGGAUAUGAGCUGCCCGAGGUCACGACGGACUUUCACAUGUGCUUGGAAAACUCGAUUGCCUACUAUGAUCACAAACAUGUGAACCCGAAAAGCACAUUGAAAGUUCGUGGCGUAUUCGGUCUUGUCAAUUUGAGUUGCUCAUUUUUGCCAGAAGUGAACAUUUCGAAGACAUUGUGCAUUAUGGAACGCGCGCGUUUGUAUCUCACCAACGCGGAGAGCAUCAAAGAAACCGUACGUUUCAAAAAAGAAGAAGUGGAAAAACCGAAAUCGUUUAUUCCUAUUAUGGAUAUUGGACAAGUCCAAUUGGACUUUCUUUUCUGCCCAACUGGUGAAAAUGCCGGCGAGAAACGCCACACCCCAGUAUUCGAGAUCCGUUGUCGCAACGAUAUCAUUCAAGCAUGGGCAUGUGCCGAUUCUCUAGCUGCCCUUAUUUCAAUCGCCACCGAAAUCUUGCAAUCCGAUACGUGCUUUGGGAACCGUCAUGAGGAUCCAGCAAAUGCCAUGCAAAACUCAUCGGGAUCAAAGGCGAGCGAUGCUUCAACAGUGCACAAUCCAAAAAAGUAUUCUGCUGGAUCACAAUUGCCAGAAGAGGUGCAGAAGCGCCUUCAAGAUUUGAUCGAGGACGCAAUCAUUGAUCGCGAUACUAUUGGCACCGCUGUUGGAAUUGAUGCUGUCGAGGAGUUUAGCGCGAAUUACAGGCCAGAUGAGACACCGACGCACGCGCCACGAGUCCGUGACUACUCAUUGAACGGCGAUGAUGAAUUCUGCAUGGUUGAUAAUGAUGUGAUAGGAUCGGGAAUAACGGACACCGCCGGAGAACCGCGCGUUCGUUAUUUCAAUGACGACGGAAAUGUCACUGAUAACGAUGAAGUUGAAAUGGACCUCAACUUCCAGAAGCAGCCAGAAGAAUGGACCAACGACAUUCUUCAGCAAACCGUGCAACAGGAGGAGAAGCCCCUAGUCAGAUAUCUUUUCAAAGACAUUUCGCUGCGUAUUCAUUUGUAUGGCGGAAGUGAUCUUUCGAAGCAGCGACCGACAAUCAAGUCCUACAGCACUGACGAGUAUCGCGAGGGAUUCGGAAGAGGACAAAAUGUUCCAGAGCUUGCUUACGGCGGAAUGUACAGAGAUCACUCGGCCAGCGUUGUUCUCGAGUUGAGCAAAAUAACCUUCUUGAAACAAAUAUUCUCGAAGAAUGUGAAUAUCAUGGCGACUACGUCAUUCUCGAUUUAUGAUAUUGUGAUUCGCGACAAAGUCUAUGCUAGCAGCAUCAACGAAAUGCUCUAUCAGUACGCGACGUCGGAAAUGCCGCGCCGCACAAAUGCUCCAAUGGUGAGCUUCAAGAUAUCGGAGACAAAGACACGAGAGGGAAAAAUGCGCGUCUCGCUUCUACCAAUCAAAAUCAACGUCGAUCAGGAUACUUUGGAAUUUCUCACCGACUUUUUCGACGAAAUUUCCAAGUCAAUCAAAUUGCGAUCGGACGCAACUCCAAGCCUCAGUCAGAAUCGUCCGAUUAUUGAAAUUCCGGCAAACGUGCACAACCCGAAAAAGGCGCCGCUAUCUUCCAAGGGGUCAAAGAUCUUUCAAAAUUUGUCGCAGCCAAAAUUGAAUUUGGAGCCACUCAAGCCACAACCGGUUGAGCCAAUGUCGCCUUUAGGUGAUCUGUCUUAUUUGGAACGUCGCGGAUCCAAGCUUCCAUCUUCUCCAUUAAUGUUUCCGAUGAUGGAUGCCCCAUUGACGGCUUCAGUUCACUCGAUCGGCAAUAUGUUUGAGUCACCACAGCCACCACCAUCUCCAGACCCAUCAGCCUCGUCGUCGAGCCCCGAAUUUGAGAAAGCUGACAUCUCCAGCGAAAUGGAAGGAGAUUGGUCAGACGAGUACAAUAUCAACUUUAAUACUCUUAACAAUGCGUAUCCGCCGACGACAAGUGGCCAGCCAAAUGAUAUUCUCACUAGAUCAACGAUGACUGGUUCGAUUCAUCCAGCCAUGGUCAACGAUUUGGUUGAUACCAGUAGCGACAUCGAGGAUCAGGGCAGAAUUUUGGACAGCCGUGAUGAGGAACCGCCAAAUGGAGAGGAGUCGAGAAGCUCAACUCCAGAAUUUGGCCGAAGCAUUCAAGCGUGCGCUAGCACUCGCGAAGUUGUCGACGAGGACGACCUGCACAGAGGAGACACAUUCUUCAAGGAGUUUGUAUUCUCGCCAUCUGUGAACAUUUAUUUGGACUAUCAAGGAAAGCGCAAAAUAAGCGUUGAAAAGUCUGGUGCUCUUCUUGGAUUCCUCAUGGCGUUCGGACAGCUUAAUCAGAUGCCAAUCACUCUUCGCGAACUCGAGAAUCGCAAUGGAAUGCUCGGCAUGAGCAGAUGCUUCUCUUACGCUUUGCAAGAAUGGAACAACGAUUUGCUCAGCAAUAUGCCAAGUGUGCUUGCCAGUUGCGGACCAAUAAGCCCAUUUGUCCAAAUCGGAAAGGGUAUCAUGGAUCUUGUGUGGAUGCCCAUGGAGGAAAUGCGUAAGGAGGAUGGACAUGUCGUCAAAGGCAUUCAGAAAGGAGUUGGAUCCUUUGGAAUGUCGUCAGCUGCUGGAAUUGUCGGCAUGGCGCAGACUGUCACCGGAUUUGUUCAAAGCAUCGCUGAGAUGACAUUGAGAGAGGUCAAACCGGACGACAUGGCGUUGAAUCGCCGCAAUCGUCGUGCGCAUCAACAGUAUCAGAUGAACCCAACGGAUCUCAAGCACAGCUUCCAAAUGUGCUAUGGAAUUCUCUAUGAUGGAAUUCGACAGACGCGAGAUGAUUUGGAGUUGGCGGCUCAGGAAGACCGAGCGUCUGGAAACUCCGUUGUUCGCAGCGCAUUCCGCUACGCAGUGCCGACAUUCUUGGGGCCGGUAGUAAUGGCUACCCAGGUCACCUAUCAGCUUCUUGGUGGUCUUCGCAAUCAGUUACACCCGGAUGCGUAUCAAGACGAGCGCCGUAAAUGGGGAGACCACAAUGUUCCCGGCGGUAUCAGCCAUCGUUAG